AUGGCAUCCAACGUCGAUCCGGCGAUCCUAGAAGCGCUCGGUCUAGACGCGCAAACCACCAAGAUUACCUCGCAUGGCGGUUCGGGAUUUGCCUCGACGUUCAAGUUAAGCUCCACGGUAGACGGGAAGGAGAAGAACUUCUUCGUCAAGACGGGACCGGGAGCCGAUUCCGAACUCAUGUUUAAAGGGGAACAUGCCUCUCUCAACGCCAUCCAUUCCGUCGUAUCUAACCUGUGCCCGAGGUCCCACGCCAACGGGCCCUGCCGGGAGAACCCCGACCGGUUCUUCCUAGCGACGGACUUCCUAGAGCUGGGGUCGUCGCGCCCGAAUGGGUCCGGGGAAUCGCUCGCAAAGAAGCUGGCGAGGCUGCACACGACGCCGGCUCCUGUGCCCGAGGGCUUCGACGGGCCCGUGUUCGGGUUCCCGGUAACGACGUGCUGCGGGUCCUCGCCGCAGGACAACUCGUGGAAGCGCUCGUGGGCGGACUUCUACGCCGACAACCGGCUGCGGGCGAUCCUGCGGCAAGGGAUGCGGGCGAACGGCUCGGACCCGGAGCUCGCGAGGGCGGUGGAGAGGACCGCGAGAAAGAUCGUGCCGCGGCUGAUCGGGGACGCGCACGUCAAGGGCGUGUACCCGGUCGUCGUGCACGGGGACCUGUGGAGCGGGAACCACGGGCACGGCCGGAUUGCGGGGGAAGGCGGGGUCGAGGACGUCGUGUUCGACCCGUCGGCCGUGUACGGCCACUCGGAGUACGAGCUGGGCAUCAUGCGCAUGUUCGGCGGGUUCGGGAGCAGCUUCUGGAAGGAGUACGAGAGCUUGGUGCCGAAGGCCGAACCGGAGGAGGAGUGGGAGGAUCGGGUCGCGUUGUACGAGUUGUAUCACCACCUAAACCACUGGGCGCUGUUUGGUGGUGGAUAUAGGAGUGGAGCGAUGUCGAUUAUGAAGAAGCUUAACACGAAGUACGGGUGA